GCCUUCCCAGAGUGCACCGCGGCCUCAGGCUGCGUGGUUCCUCUUCUCGGCCGCUCCGGAGAGGGCAGACCAUGGACGGGCUGCGGGCUAGCUCCGGGCUCUUGAGACGCGGGCGGUUGAGGCGCCGGCGCCAGCCACAGCCACACAGCGGGUCGGUCCUGGCCCUGCCCUUGAGGCCCAGGAAGAUCCGAAGGCAGCUGAGGAGAAGUGUUGCGUCCCGCAUGGCCGCGCUGAGGGCCCAGACGCUCCCGAGCGAGGACUCGGAGGACUCGAGGGUGGAGUCGACGGUGGACGAUCCCGGAGACCCGCUGCCUGCUGGGGCGGCGGCCAUUCCGGAUGCAGCCCGGCGGGAGCCGUACGGCCACCUGGGGCCUGCAGAGCUGCUGGAGGCCUCGCCCGCGGCCCGCUCCCUGCAGACCCCGCCGGCGCGCCUGAUGGAGGCGCCCGCCCUGCCCGCGCGCCUGGUGCCGGCUUCCGCGCCGCCUGCGCGCCUGGUGGAGGUGCCCGGCGCGCCAGCGCACGCGGUGGAGACCUCGGCCCUGCUGUGCUCUGCCCAGCACUUGGCGGCCGCCCCACCGACCGUGGUCCCUGCGACGCUCUCGGGGCCGCAGGUGGACAGCACGGGCGGGGAGCUGUCCUGGGACUCCCCGCUGCUGCGCGUCUUGGCCGAGCUGAACCGCAUCCCCAGCAGCCGGCGGCGGGCGGCGCGCCUGUUUGAGUGGCUCAUCUCACCCAUGCCGCCGGAUCAUUUCUAUCGGCGCCUGUGGGAGCGGGAGGCGGUGCUGGUGCGGCGGCAGGACCACACCUACUACCAGGGUCUUUUCUCUACCGCCGACCUGGACUCCAUGCUGCGCAACGAGGAGGUGCAGUUCGGGCAGCACCUGGACGCCGCGCGCUACAUCAACGGGCGGCGAGAGACCCUGAACCCGCCGGGCCGCGCCCUGCCCGCCGCCGCGUGGUCCCUGUACCAGGCCGGCUGCUCCCUGCGCCUCCUCUGUCCGCAGGCUUUCUCGACCACCGUGUGGCAGUUUUUGGCUGUGCUCCAGGAGCAGUUUGGCAGCAUGGCAGGCUCCAACAUUUACCUCACGCCCCCCAACUCGCAAGGUUUUGCCCCCCACUACGACGACAUCGAGGCUUUUGUGCUGCAGCUGGAAGGUAGGAAACUCUGGCGUGUCUACCGACCCCGGAUCCCCACUGAGGAACUGGCCCUGACAUCCAGCCCCAACUUCAGCCAGGAUGACCUCGGUGAGCCAGUGCUGCAGACCGUGCUGGAACCUGGAGAUUUGCUCUAUUUUCCUCGGGGCUUCAUCCACCAAGCCGAAUGCCAGGAUGGAGUGCACUCUCUGCACCUCACUUUGUCCACGUACCAGCGCAAUACCUGGGGCGACUUCCUGGAGGCCGUACUGCCUCUGGCAGUGCAGGCUGCAAUGGAAGAAAAUGUGGAGUUUCGUAGGGGUCUGCCCCGAGACUUCAUGGAUUACAUGGGGGCCCAGCAUUCGGAUUCUAAGGAUCCGCGAAGAACUGCUUUCAUGGAGAAGGUGCGGGUUUUGGUUGCCCGCUUGGGACACUUUGCCCCGGUCGAUGCGGUGGCUGACCAGCGAGCCAAAGACUUCAUCCACGAUUCUCUGCCCCCUGUGUUGACUGAUAGGGAAAGGGCACUAAGUGUUUAUGGGCUCCCAAUUCGUUGGGAGGCUGGAGAACCUGUAAACGUGGGGGCCCAGUUGACAACAGAAACAGAAGUGCACAUGCUUCAGGAUGGGAUAGCUCGGCUGGUGGGAGAGGGAGGCCAUUUGUUUCUCUAUUAUACAGUGGAAAACUCUCGUGUUUAUCAUCUGGAGGAACCUAAGUGCUUGGAGAUAUACCCCCAGCAAGCUGAUGCCAUGGAACUCUUGCUCCGCUCCUACCCAGAGUUUGUAAGAGUAGGGGACCUGCCCUGUGACAGUGUGGAGGACCAGCUUUCUUUGGCAACCAUGUUAUAUGACAAGGGGCUGCUGCUCACCAAGAUGCCUCUCACCUGAACUGUUUCUUGUUGAUUGCUGAAAACAAGACAGUAGUGAUUCUCUCCUACCAUUACCACCUUUUUGGGGGAAAAACUCAUGUUCUUACCUUGAUAACCAUCAAUGUGCUCACAUUUACCUUUAUGACUUCUUCAAUGUCACAAAUCUCAAAUGAUCUUCUAGGAACCACCACCUCAUCUAGGCACAAAAUAAAAGCAGAAGUUGGAGGUGGAAAUAAGGAGCUACUUAUGCAGAAGUGACCUUGGUCCCUGAUAAUUUCAGAGCACCGACUUCAUCAUCACCCUCAGGCUUCAGUGUACUGUGUAGCACUUGCUGGGUCAUUCUGCUUGAGACAUUAGAAGUUUUUAUUUGGAAUUUGCAUCCUUCAUUUGAGUUCUCUUUCAUCAAUUUGGGGGGAGGGUUGGGUUGGAAGAAACUUACCCAAAUCUGGCAAGUGAAUAUUCUCAUGGUUGGUGGAAAAGAGCCUGGUGUACCAGAGAGCACUGGACUUGGAACCAGAAGACCUGGGUUUGGGGUGGUGGCUGGUAGGCAGCUGGCUGAAUGACCUGAGGCUGCUGCUACGCCUGGGCACACAGAUUUUAGUGGGCACCUGCUGCCAAACAGGCUGCCCGUCGAACUGCCAUGAAGUCAUCAGAGAAGCAGUUCAGGAAGCUUGGGAGAAGCUUGGCGGUCAUGAGCUUGAGCCUACCAAUCAGGGAGAGGGCUUCCACACGCUCCUGGGGAUUUCCUUGACUCAGCUUGACUCUGUAAGGCACAGGUGCUUUUAUUUUCCCUCCUUAAACUUUUGGUGCCCCCCUCCACCCCACUAAUGCCCUCAGGAUAAAAUCCAACCUCUGUAGGCUCUCUAUUGUUCAUUCCCACCCUUUCCUAGUCAGCCUUAUGCCCAUUAGGUUAAGUUUCACUGCGCAAAGACCUCAACUCUCUCGUUUACUUGAAUCCCUAUGACCCAGCAUAUGCUAGGCACUAAGCUAUCUUGACUGAAUAAAGGAAACAUUCAACAUGCA